AUCGAUGGCGCAUGGGUUAGCGUUAAGAGAGAGGUGCAUUGUCGAGCGGGGAGUGAAUCCCGAGGAGGAUGAUGCCGGGCACGGAGCGAAUUUGGCUCAUUGUCAAUUCGCUGCUGUCAAAGGUCCGCUGGUGCAGACUUGGCUAUAGCUGAUUUGCAAGAGGCUCUUGAGGAGUGAGCGAUCGAAUGAGACAGGGAAGACCAAUUGCGAGCUUAUCCGCUGAGGCUCGUCUGUUCAAGGAAUCGGGCAACUCUCGGAGUGUAGAGAGUGGUUUGCAUUUCUUGUGUCCUCGACAGGCCGAAGCACCUCCUGGUUCGAUCGCUCGUCCAGCUCCGCGCAGGUUCCUUCCGGUGGAGCUGUAAAUGUCAGCAGCCGAGGUGGUCCAGUCGUAGUUGCACAUCAUGGCUUCGAUUUUGCGGAGAAGCAGCAGGGUUGCGACAAGUGGCCGAUUGGAGCGCCUACUUUUCCCCUUUUGUGCCUUGCACUCUGGUUCUGAAGCGUUCUCGCUAUUAAAAUCAGAUGGCGGCCUGGAGAAUACGGGGUCGAUUUCCCGAAGAAGCUCGAGGGCGACGUUCUCCUGUGGGGGAGUAGGUUUUCGGAAUCGGACAGGGGAUUUUUGGUGCUCGAGUAGGGGUGUCGAUCGGAGAUAUUUCGGUGCCAGCUCCACGGGCAAGAGUGAAACCGAUGGGGAGGCGAUCGCCAGUCAAAUGAUCAGUUACGCUGCCUCUUGCAGAAAAAAUGAAACGGCGCAGGUUGAAGUCCUGCGCGUCUUGGAGCAAGGUCUCAAUUUCUUGCAUAGUCAAGGACCGGCGGCUGUAAAUGCAGCGGGAAGGGUGAUGCUGACUUUAGCAACGUUGCAGCUUGAUGGAGGGAAGCUGUCGGAUGCGUUGGAUGUAUUGCAGCUGACUGCAAAUUUACAGGAUGCAUCCGUAGAGGUGCGAGUUGCUGCCACGGAAGCUUUGAUUGCGGUAUUGCUCCGUAUGCACAAGGAUUCAGAUGCUCUUGCCGAGGCGCAUAAGUUAUUAAAGCUUGUCGAAGAUGCAGAUGGGCUAUCUGUGGCAGCCAGUCAGGAACUCGGUUUCAGAGCUGCCGCAACAGUUCAGUUUGUUGAGCAUGUCAUCAAAUUCAAGUAUACUGGGGACAUACUCGAUAUGAGUGGUCUAUCUUCGUGGGUGAAUGACAAGGAAGCACAAGUUGAUGGAGUGGCUGCUGCAGUGUUGGGUCUUGCAGAGUGUGCUCACUCGCGGGCUCAAUUGUCUCAGGCCAAAGAUCUUUACGAGAAAGCCUCAGCACUCUCGGAAAGCAACUUGAGCAAACCGACUCUAGGAAUGAGUGCUGGAGCAAUGAGUAGUCAAGAGGUUCUCGCGGGAGCUCUUGCAGGGCUGGGACAGGUGGCUUUACACUCAGGAGAUUUUGACGAAGCAGAGGCCAAGUUAACGAUGGCAUUGAACUACGCCGAGCAAAUUAGUGGAGACAAACAUCGAAGAGUAGGAGUGGUCCUUGCUUGCCUUGCGGAUGUCUAUGCACGCAGGGGAAAGGCUAGAGGCACUGGGGACUUGACUUUGACUGAGGGUCUAUACCGAAAAGCUACCGAGCUACUUGAAGCUCCCCUUCCUGAUGAUCCAGCUUCAGGAAAAGAUUUGGAUUUGGCCGACGUGACCUCUUUAGCCCGAGCUCGAUAUGGAGCUUUCUUAUCACACAUGAAGAAGAGGGAAUCUGAAGCCAGCAAGCUACAAGCCUGGGCAGCUGCCACAUGGAAGGGACCUCGUUCGUUGACAGACGUUCUGGAGUUAGAAUCUCCAUCAAAGACCGUGGGUAGUGUCAAGGUUGACGAUUCAACAGAUAUUGGAGGCUGCGUUGUUAUCGACGUGAGAUUAGGGAGAGUGCUGUAGGAACCACAUGUAGAUUUUUCUUCUGCAUCCCGAAUGUAUAUUUUACCAUGACAUCGUAAUUGUAAGUAUAAGCCUCGUCGGAAAAGCUUUGACAAAUCUGCCUAGCGUUUGACUAACGAUCUGCAUCGAAGACGUUCUUCUUAAGCAUUACACAGCGAGCAUACUUCUGGGUUUGGGAGAUUAUGCCACAUUUAGGUGGAUCCGUCUUAUGCUGCAAGCCUUUAGGCAGCGCUUUAAAGGUUUGCUUCAAGUUCGUUUUCCCUGAGUACCUCGGUACCUAGAAAGGGGUCCAUUCCCCGUGUAAAAUCAAAUCAGUGCAGCCAUCGAGCACAGUGGAAAGUUUGGAGAAUAGUGAAAGACGAUUACACAAGACGGUAUUGUAGGCUGCGAGGACUUUUGAGGAUGGGGAUGCAAAGUUCCCUCAACAUAGCAGCAACUAUCUCAUGAAGCCAUCGUAUUAACAAACCGAGACUGAGACUAUUUUAGACAAACGUAAGUAGGUCCGCAUCUUCUGCGAUGAGGGGCAGUUUUUCAAUAAAGAAGACGAGCUGCACAGACGCAGAGAAAUCGGGAACUACUAGCUUUCGCAACAUCGCAUAAGUUAC